CUCUUCUUUCUGCACACAUCAGCGCAGCUUUCUUAUUAGCCGAAAAUGGUCAGAGUCUCCGUCUUGAACGAUUGCUUGAACAACAUCAACAACGCCGAAAAGCGUGGCAAGAGACAAGUUCUCAUCCGUCCCUCUUCCAAGGUCAUUGUCAAGUUCUUGUCUGUCAUGCAGAAGCACGGUUACAUUGGUGAAUUCGAGGAAGUCGAUGAUCAUCGUUCCGGCAAGAUCGUUAUCCAGCUCAACGGUCGUCUUAACAAGUGCGGUGUCAUCUCUCCCCGCUUCAACAUCAAGGUCUCUGAACUCGAGAAGUGGACCUCCAACUUGUUGCCUUCCCGUCAGUUCGGUUACUUGGUCAUGACCACCUCCGCUGGUAUCAUGGAUCACGAAGAAGCCCGUAGAAAGCACGCUGGUGGCAAGAUCCUCGGUUUCUUCUACUAAAUGCAUUUCAUCUUGGUGUCCCUUUGUUAACUCGAAGAGGCAAUGCAUCCUAAUAAAAUAUUGAAGCUGUGUGUUACACGUAUCCAA